CUAGGCUGAUUAAUCGCGAUUAAAACCAGAGCAUAAAUAAAUAAAUAACGAGCAAAAAAAAAAUAAUGCUAAAUGCUCAUUUUUAAAGCGUACAAAAAAAUAAAUAAAAUAAUUAAAUUUUUGUAUUCUAACCCCAAAAUUAAAUCUAUUAAAUCAUCCAAAAAAAAGAAAAAUAAAUAAUUAUAUUUAUUUUUAGUUACGAAAGACAAUUAGAAAUAUAUUAUAAUUUAACAUUAAAUUAAAUAAUAAAAAUGUCAAGUGGAACACCUGGUGGUAGUGGUGGUGUUGGUGGUGGUGGUGUACCAAGUGGUUCAAUUAUAAAUACAAAACGUCAAACAUCAACAACAAAUGUGUUACAUGGUAUGAGUGGUACUGUUGAAGAUAAAAAUAAUGAUUAUUUAUGUCCAAUAUGUUUUGAAGUUAUAAAUGAAGCUCACAUAACACGUUGUGGUCAUACAUAUUGUUAUCAAUGUAUUAUCAAAACAAUUGAUACAACUGGACGUUGUCCAAAAUGUAGUUUUAUAUUAUCACAACAAGAUAUAUUUCCAAAUUUUUUAUUAAAUGAAUUAGUAUCAAAAUAUCGUAUGAAAAUAAAAGGUUUUGAAUUAGUUGGUAAUUGUAAUAUUAAUAAUAAAACAAAUAUUAUAAAUAAUAAUUUUACAAUAAAUGACAAUUGUUGUUCAACAAUAAAUGAUGGUUUACGUGAUUUUAUAAAAACAGAAUCAGCAAAUUUAACAUUACCAGAUGUUAAAAUAAUGCUUGAAGUAUUAACACAACGUAAAAAUUUACUUGAAGCUGAAUCAACAGCAUCACAAAAUAAAUUAUUACAUGAAUUUUUAAAAAAUUUAUUAAUACAAAAAGAAGAACAAAAAAAUCAAUUACAAAAAGAAGUUGAAAUUAUUAAAUAUGAUAUGGAACAAGUUGAAAAUAUAUUACGUGAUGUACAAAAUAAAUGUCCAAAAAUUGAAGAUAUUAAAAAAACAAAUGUCAAUGAUACUGAACAAAUAUCAGCAAUUAGAAAAGAAAUGAUUGAUUUAAUUGAUAUUAUUGAUUCAAAUAUGGUUAAAAAUGAUGAUGAUGAUAAUAAUGAUAAUAAUGAUGAUGUUGAUGAUCCACAAAAUCAACAACAAAAAAAUAUAAACAACAAAAAAUGUGAAUAUUCAAAUAUAUCAUCAUUAGCAAUACGUCGUAAAAGAAUGUAUUCACAUUUUGAUGAAUUUGUUAAAUGUUAUUUUGAUGCAAGAGCUAAAGAUAUACUAUUAGGACAAGCAUCAACAGCAUCAUCAUCAUCAACAGUAGCAUCAACAACAGCAACAGCAGCUAAUCAAAAAACAAAAAUUGAUACAGUACAUGGUGGUGUUGGUGGUAUUAAUAGUGGUCUUGAUAUAUUUCGUGAAAAUCUUGUAAAAUUUUCAAGAUACAAUUCAUUACGUCCAUUGGCAACAUUAAAUUAUUCAUCAGAUAUAUUUAAUAAUUCAACAAUAGUAUCAAGUAUUGAAUUUGAUAAAGAUAAUGAAUUUUUUGCAAUUGCUGGUGUUACAAAACGUAUUAAAGUAUUUGAUUAUGGUUCUGUAAUACGUGAUAGUGUUGAUAUACAUUAUCCAUGUAUUGAAAUGAUAUCAAGUUCAAAAAUAUCAUGUGUAUCAUGGAAUUCAUAUCAUAAAGGUAUGCUAGCAAGUUCUGAUUAUGAGGGUACAGUUACUGUAUGGGAUGCAACAACUGGACAACGUACAAAAGCAUUUCAAGAACAUGAAAAAAGAUGUUGGUCUGUUGAUUUUAAUGAUGUUGAUACUAGAUUAAUUGCAUCUGGUUCUGAUGAUGCUAGAGUUAAAUUAUGGUCAUUAAAUAUUGAACAUUCAGUUGCAUCAUUAGAAGCUAAAGCAAAUGUAUGUUGUGUUAAAUUUAAUCCACGUAGUUCAUGUCAUUUGGCAUUUGGUUCUGCUGAUCAUUGUGUGCAUUAUUAUGAUUUACGUAAUAUGAAAGAAGCACUGUGUAUAUUUAAAGGACAUAGAAAAGCUGUGUCAUAUGUUAAAUUUAUAAAUAAAGAAGAAAUUGUAUCAGCAAGUACUGAUUCACAAUUAAAAGUAUGGAAUAUACAUAAUCCACAUUGUUUACGUUCAUUUGUUGGACAUGUUAAUGAAAAAAAUUUUGUUGGUUUAGCAACUGAUGGUGAUUAUGUUGCAUGUGGAUCAGAAAAUAAUGCACUUUAUGUUUAUUAUAAAGGAUUAACUAAACAAUUAUUUUCAUAUAAAUUUGAUGCUGUUAGAAGUGUUUUGGAAUUGGCUGAAAGAAGAGAAGAAGAUCCAAAUGAAUUUGUGUCAGCUGUUUGUUGGAGACAAAAUUCAAAUGUUGUUGUUGCUGCUAAUUCACAAGGAAUCAUUAAAAUUCUUGAACUUGUUUAAAUCGACUACUUUUGACUUGUAUUUUUCAUUUAUAAUUAUUUUUUUGGUUUUUAAUUUACUUAAGCUCAAGGGCCUCAAGGGGUGGGAUGACUAUUUGUUCGUUUUUUUUUUAUUUUAUUUGUAUUAAAAAUAUUUUUAUAUAAAUAUUAUCUUUUUAGCUGAGUUUUAAAAUUAUUUUUAGAAAAAAAAAAUACUCAAAUUGUUGUUCAACGAAUUUAAAUAAUAAUAAGCUAUUAGCUAAUUAAAUAAAUAGAAUAUCAAAAUGCUUAAUUGUUUAAAAUUAAUUAAAAAUUAAAUAUUAGCAAUAAUAGUUUGUUUUUUUUUUUUUUAUGUUAUUAAAAAAACAUAACAAAAAUAUGUGCCAAUAUGUUGAUGAUUAUUUUGACUCUUAAAUAUUAUUAUAGAUGUUUGAAAAUAAAAUUAUUUUCGUGAUACAUAAAAUAAUACAUAAGUAGUUGUAUAAAUUUAAAAAUUUGUUGUUCAAAAAAAAAAUAUUUUAAAAAAUGUAAAUGAAUGAUAAAAAAAAAAACAAUGUAAGAUAGCAGGUGUAUCAAAAUGUGUCAAUGAAAAAAAAAGAGGAGGAAAACAAACGAAAUAGUAGAUAUAUUUUUGAAUGCAAAUUAAUUUGUUAAAUUGAAAAUAGCUAAGCACAUUUUAGUGAAUCAUUUAUUGAUGAUUUGAGUUCUGAUGUCCGUAGAUUAAUUAAGAUGUAAUUAAUAAAUAAAUUUACGGAUUGAUGUUGAAUUAGUAAACUA